UUCCCGACACACAGCUGUGCAGGACGCUUUGCUCCAACUUGUCUGAUUCUGAACGCAGAAUAAUUAAAAUGAGUGAGCCAGGAGAGGAUCUGCACUGCAAGUUGCAGCAGCUCCAGAGUCGCUAUACUUGGGACAUAAGGAAAGAAGACUUGGAACUGGACGAUCUCAGCAAGCAGCUGCAGCAUGAUAUAGACCUGCAGCUGGGGCAGUGGGGUGCCCUGGCCCACUCUUACAGGUUCCAGUCUUAUGUGAGGUAUCUUCAGGGUAAACCAGAGGAGGCACUGUCACUUCUCACUGAAUCAGAGGAGAAGACCAAGGAGUGUUAUAGACAGGAGAGCGAGCGACGGCUCAUUGUGACUUAUGGAGACCUGGCUUGGUUGAAAUACCACACCAAAGAUUAUACACAGUCUCAAACUUAUUGUCAAAGAGUCAGUGACAUACUGGUGAAGCAUCCAGCUGAUUCUUUCAGUGACCUCCAUCCAGAAGUAUAUGGAGAGAAGGGCUGGACCUAUCUUAAGUUCUCAAAGUCCUACUAUACCAAAGCCAAAGAAUGUUUCUCCAAAGCCUUGGAGCUGCAGCCUGAUAACUGGGAGUGGAACAGUGGCUACGCUAUCACCCUCUAUCGCACAGAAGAGAACAUUAAAGAAUGGUAUCCUGAAGAAUCGCCAGCCACUAAGCAGCUUCGUCGAGCUCUGGAAAAAAAUGCUGAUGAUGGUGUCCUGCUGUCCCUACUGGCUCUGAAGCUGGUCAACUACGCGAAACAUGAAGAGGCCAAAGAUUUGGUGAAGAAAGCCCUGGAGGUUGGACAGGACAACACUCAAGUCAUGCGCUACAUAGGCAAAUACUUCCGCCUCCAGAAUCAGCUGGAUGAGUCUAUUAGUGUUCUGAAGAACAUGCUGAGGAAGACAAGCCAAUCAUCUUUCAUUCAUCACCAGCUUGCUCUGUGUUAUGAGAGAAAGAAGAAUAACCUGGUCAGCAAAAGACCCCAACCAGUGACAGAGAUACAGCAUUGGAGACGUCUUUGUAUUGAGCAUCUGGAGAAAGCUGUCGCGAUCAAGAUGGGUUUCCACCCUGCCAGAGCUCUCCUAGCUCUGCACUACGCACAGGAGUCUAAAAUAAUGAGAGCUCAGGAGAUGUUCGAUGAUGUGCUGAAGAAGUUAGAGGAUGAAAGUCCAAGCAUCCGUCAGUACAUCUACAGGUUAUACGCUGAGUUCUGCUACUAUAGCGCCAAAAAGCCAGAUCUAGGCAUCACCUACUACAAAAAGGCUCUGGAGUUUGGCAUCAUCACAUCAGAGGGGAGACACUGUGUAAAGAAACUGAAGAGAAUAGCCGAGCAACGCCUCAAGGGUAAUUCCAGAGGUGUCGCUUUUGCCUACGGCAUCCUGGGAGCGGUGGCCAGAGCUGAGGGCAAUCGGAGUUGUGCGGUGAGUUAUUUUGAGAGGGCUCUGGAAGAAGAUGCAGACAACGACGAGUAUCUGUCGGCCCUGUGCGAGCUGCGCCUGGAGCUGUCCCCUCAGAAGGAAGACCAAGACCAUCCUGAGGCCACAUGUGAAACAGUUCCUACCAGGACCGUGUAGUGUCUGAUCGAUCUGUGUGUUAAAUUGUGUGUUAAACUGCAUCUAUGUAUAGGUUUUCUCCUUUAGGAUUAAGGCCUUGAGUCAGGGCUGCUUUAGGAGUGAAUGGUAUGAGAGAGUGUAACCUUUUGUUGCUCUCUCUAAAAAAGGAAUGACCUCACAUACAUGCAGGAAACAAGCUAUACCUGGUUAUUCAGAAAAUACUUUAUGUAGUGUCUGUAUUGUUCUGUUAAACUUUCUAUGUGUAUGCAUAUACGGUCUCUUUCUUUUAGGCCUUAUUGUUUGUGCAGAAGGGUAACCUGAGCUUUAAGGUCUGGCCUCAAGCCAGAAGGAAUGCAUAGAAUGUCCUUGUAGCUCUCUGGCAUGCCAUAUAAGGAAUGACCAUAUGUUUAGCUGUAGGUUAGGAGGCUGAAGUUUGUUUUCUUAACCAUGUAUGGAAGUUAGGAUGUGGGGGUUGCUAACACUAUAUAAUGUCUGUCUCCCCUUUUGUUCAGUGGAGUUAGGGCGAUUGGAAUUCCCUGUCCCCAGAUGUCUAUGAGAAGCAUCUGUUUUGACAUUGUCUUUUUUGUAAAUAAACUCUAUGUUAUACAUUAAGACUGUCGGCGAAGGAUUUCUUCAACCACACAAUGAAACUACAAUUUUCACCCUCAUGAACUACAAAAGCCACCAGAUAAAAGAGGUACCAGAAACACCGUUCAGACAAGAUCAGAGAAAUGAUCAGCUACGUCAGACUGAUCCUGCUUAUAAACACAUGGCUGUGCAUCAUCACAUUUACAGAGGCUGCCACACUUCAACUUAAGUCUUUAGUAGAAAUGAUAAACUGGAAGCUUAUAUUUCCUUGUGCUCUGCCUGCUGAAUGUCAAUGUGCUGAACAUUUCAUAAUUGCUUUUAUUUUGUUUCAACAAUAUUUCACAAUGAGGGUUUCUGGUGUGGACUCCUCAAAGGCUCUCUACAAAUGUCUGAGGGAUAACAAGAUGUUUGACAGGUAGCAUCUGUCAAAUCAUUUUCAUACUCUGCUCUCAUAGCGUCUUGUUAAAUCCCACAAUACUAUUAUUAUUAUUAAAAAAAUAUUAAUGAU